AAAAAAAUGAGGGUAUUCACAACUUUGUCAGUAUAUUUGUGUCUGUUUUUGCUAGCAGCAGUUAAGGCCGAAUUUACUCUUGAAGAUUGUGACAAACCUCAUACUUGGGGGCCAGUAAACUGCAAUGCUUACUUUGAAAUUUACCAUUGGAACAAUACUCUAAAAAAAUGUGAAAAGGCAAUUUACGGUGGUUGUAGAGCCACAAAUAAUAAUUUCAAGACGCUUAAAGAGUGCGAAAGAGUAGCUACACGUGUUUGUAUUGAACGUGAUUAUUAGAAAUGUAUUGUGAACAUUAAAG